CCCGUUGACGCGUGGUCAGAGCGCCCUCUACCGUCUUUUGUCUCUCUUCUUCAGUGUGGUGGUUAGUAACGUGACGCUGUUCCGUUUCCAAGCGCAACCAAAAGCAUAACACGUCUCUGUUCCCGCUAGCUUUCAUUACAGUUAUCCAGUCGUGAACAUCGUUCACAUUCUGUUUUUAUUACAGUUCCUUCUGAUACUCAAACCGUAUGUUAACACCGUAUAUUUCAUUCUAAAGCAUUUGUUUUUCAACUCGUCACGACAAAACUCUCCUCCGCAUCCUCCUCCUCCUGCUAUAAUGGCUGAUUUUGGGUUUAAUGAGCACCAUCAGAAUGAGGUGAUCAACUACAUGCGUUUUGCCCGAUCUAAACAGGCACUGAGACUGAAGACAAUCGACUCCUGUUUCCAAGACCUGAAGGACAGCAGGCUUGUAGAGGAGACGUAUACAGUGGACGAGGUGGCUGAAAUGCUGGAUGGGCUUCAGGUGCUGGUACGUGGAGAAGUGGAGAUGGAGCUCAUAAACACAGCUCACACCAACGUGCUGCUGUUGCGACAGCUGUUUUCCCAGGCUGAGAAGUUUUACCUGAGACUGCAGACGGACAUCUCUGAACUGGAGAACAGAGAGUUACUGGAACAAGUAGCUGAGUUUGAGAAGACUGAUUUCAAACCCAACAGCAAGGUAAAUCAAGAGAUCAGUAAGCCAAAAUUAGCACCGCUAAAUGAAGGUGGUGUAUCUGAACUACUUCAGAAGGAGAUUUCCAGAUUACAAGGGGAUAAUGAGAAAUUGAAAGCUAGACUCAAAACAUUGGAGUCUCAGGCCAUGAGUGCUCUAGAUGACAAAUCUAAAGCAGAAAGAGCCUUGAAAGAUCUUCAGAAGACCCAAGUUGAUCAGCAGUCUGCAAUGCACACUCAGGAGAUCGCAAAUCUAGAAGACACAGUAGCAGCAAUGCAGGCCGACUUUGAGAAGACCCUGAAUGCCAACGCUGCUUCUCAGAAGGACCUGCAUGAAAACCUAGUAUCUGCUAAACAUGAUCUGCUCCGCAUCCAAGAGCAACUAGCCUUAGCUGAGAAGGAACUGGAGAAGAAAUUUCAGCAGACCGCUGCUUACCGUAACAUGAAAGAAAUUCUCACUAAAAAGAAUGAACAGAUUAAGGACCUUAGGAAAAGAUUACAGAGAUAUGAAUCAGAUGAUUGAACAAUCGGCCUACAGGACGCACAUGCAAAGAUCAACAAUGGGACUUUUAAUGGAUAUUACAGAAAGUAAAAAAAAAAAUGUUUGCCUGAGAUGUUAUACAUUACAAAAGGCAUAAUAAUAUAUGAUGAGAAGUCAUUCAUCAAGAUGAUCAACACUAUUAAGUUCAUUUCCAUUGGUUAAGUGACAUUACUCGGACAUGGCACUACAGUUGUUUAGUAAUUUCCUACUGCUCUGUCUGUAUUGUUCAGUGUGUCAGCAGCCUGUUACCUGAAGGUCGAGGUUAAGUUCAGUUUGCUACAGAGAAAAUGUAAUGUUAAGAGGUGUGUUUUCAUUUCUCCUAAAGGGAUUCACACAUCCUUAUCCCUCGGUAUGACUGAUCUAUCUUUGUAUUAAAAUCACACGGCUUAUUAUGUUUUUUUUUUAUCUACAAGAAGCUAGAAAGUUCAAUAUUUGAUUCGAUGAUAACAUCCCAAGAGAAAUAUCAGCAACGCUUUCUGACACCACAGUGGGGCACCAGUUAACACCCUUGAUCCUUUACUUGUAAUUUUACUUUGAAUGUUUUGAAACACCUUGUGUAUACUCAGAGGACUGACUUCCACAUACUUUAAAACACUAAUACAGAAUCAUGUUGUAUUCUGCACAACAGUGGAGGCAGCAGUGUUUUCAAACAUUUCUUAUAUUGCACAUUUAUUGUAUAUUUCUGUCCACAGUAUAUUUUUGUAAGACGUGUGUCCUUCUUUCUUCAGCUAGAAAGGAUUACUAAAACAGCUACUGUAUGUAGAAGUGACUCUACCUGUGGUCUGAGUCUUUCAUUGUGUGUAAUAUGUAUAAGUGUGAAAAUAUUAUGUGCUCAUUUUAAAUUUUAAAUAGUUACUGCUUAAACAACCAAGUACUAGGAUUUGAUCUACAGUAAAUUGUGGUAAUCUGAUUGAACUACAGUCAUUUAGUGUAGCAUAAUUUAACUCAUCAGUGUGCAUAAACCAAUGGGAAAUAUAUUAAAAAGCAGCGCAUGGUGGGUUCUGAGAGAAAAUGUCUGGAUGUUUACUGAUGUGUGACGGAUGCUUUGAAUUUUGCCUGUGCAUGCAAUCAUGUGAUUGUUGUGAGUUUGAUUUAUUAUGCCCAUUUUUACAACAUGUAAUAUAAGUCUCAGGUGUGCCCAGAAUGUUUCUAUGACGUUUCAGCUCAAAAUACCCUACAGAUCAUUUUAUAGCAUGUCCAAAAUGCUUCAAUUUGAAUGCUUUAAGUGCUAAUGAGCUACUGCUCCCUCACUCCCUUUCCAAAUGAGACCGUGAGUGUAGAUAUGAUUCAUCUGAAUAAAGUCUGAGGCAGUAGUUUCUCAAUAUUGAGAUUUGGCAGACAGCGUACAACUCGCUAAGGGUGUAAACCAUGGAAAUGCAGGACUUUCAGUCAGUGCCCAUGGGCGGGGCUUUAUCAGUGUGACAUCACACUAACAAGAUAAACAUAACGGCACUGGGAUUAAUAGGGAUUAAAAAAAAGGAGAGGGUGGAUUUUUUUUCAUUGUACACACAUUUAUUUCCAAACAGUCCAAAACUUUUAUGUAAGUUAAAUCAAGAUGUAUGAUGUAAAAACGAAUGUAAAUGUAAUUUGUAUUCACUAUAGCUAUCAUUUAUUUUACAUAAACAGUACAUUAUGUAUACUUA